AUGAUCCAUAUUCAAGAAAUCGUGUUUGGCGAUCCGCACGCUCGUCCGGAAAUUCGACGCCGUCGUUCUUCUGGUGUCAAACGACUGCUCGGACGUCUGCUUCUGAAGUGACCCUCUCGAAUUUGUGAUUUGUUGAUUUUAUUGAUUAAUAAAUCCGUGUUGAAUAAAUCUUUGGUGCUGCUCUUUGGCCUGCGAAAUAUCGGUGAAAAUCUGGAGACUUCUGACUUUCUGGCUACAGAUUUCAGAUCGGUGGGCACGAGGAUUCUUCUCGGGCCAUCCUUUGAAUUUUUUAUUUUUUGAUUCGUUGUAUAUAUAUAUUGUAAAAUAAAAAAACCUGCCCAGAACGCUUUGGGCCGUUUUCAAGGCGAUACAAAAAAAACGAAAAUUUCAAGCUUUCAUAUGAACUAUAUAGUCGAUAAAAAAACUUAGUUUUCUAUUUUUAAAAAUUUACAAACAGCUGUCAACAACCGUUUAAAAAUAUAAUCAGUAGUUAUCGAUUGCGUUUUUCAAAAAUAAGAAAGUUCGAAAAUCGCGUUAUUUUUUGAGGCCAACCAUAUAAUUUUUCAUUUUUUGCCAGAAUAUGCGUUAUUAGUUGCUGUAUUAUAUUCAAAAAUAGAAAAAAGUUGCCCAGAAACUUUCAAGAAAAAACGGGAUUUUUAUCCGUUUUCGGCCACAAAUGCGUUUUAAAAACUGUCGCCAUAAUAUCUUAUUUUUCAUUUUUCAGUUUUUUUCUUUAUGUAGAAUUGUUAAGCAUAGCCGAUUGUAUGUUUCCCCCAAUUUUUUCCCAAAUCGGUGCAAGAAAACUGUUUUAAAAUGUAAAAAAAACCAAAAUGCAACGAAAAUGACGACGUUUUUUGAACAGCGAAGUGGGCGUGGCUCUGCGGUCCCUACACUAGGUUUGCUCUGGCUUCAAAAUUGAGGACAAAAAAAUCUGUAGAAAGCUCAAAAAUGAAUAAAAGCCCACAAAAAGUUCAGAAUUUUCAUCUUUCUUCAAACAAAAAUGCUUUAAACUGCUUUAAAACGGUUACUUAUCCCAGAGAUCGGCCAAAGAGUUGAAAAAAACCGCAAAAACACAUCGAUGAGCCUUUCGAUUACACAAUUCUUUGGUUUCCUCCCCGUUCGUCACAAAAUGCUCUGGCUUGAAGCCAUAAUAUAAUACUGCAGGUCUUCGUUCUCAUGUUUCGUUUUUACAAUGUCUUCAUAGGAAGCGUAAUAAGGUUCAUUAGAGUUCAAAUAAGUUCAGUCCUUUCUGAAAUUCGCUCUUAAGUUGAAUUUUAUGAAAAAAAUGUCCAUCCGUUUACAGCAUUAGAUCAUGGAAAAGCUUGGUUUCCAUUGCUGGUUUUUGGGACUGCCAAUUUUGAUAGUGCAUUUUGGGACUGCUAAUUUUGGUUAUUCUUUUUGGGACUGCCAAUUUUGGUUAUCCUUCCUGGGACUGCCAAUUUUGGUUAUCCUUCCUGGGACUGCCAAUUUUGGUUAUGAUUUUUGGGAUUGCCAAUUUUGGUAGUGCAUUUUGGGACUGCCAAUUUAGGUAAUACUUUUUGGGAGUACCAAUUUUGGUUAUACUUUUUGGGACUGCCAAUUUUGGUAGUGCAUUUUGGGACUGCCAAUUUUGGUAUUACUUUUUGGGACUGCCAAUUUUGGUUAUUCUUUUUGGGACUGCCAAUUUAGGUAAUACUUUUUGGGAGUACCAAUUUUGGUUAUACUUUUUGGGACUGCCAAUUUUGGUAGUGCAUUUUGGGACUGCCAAUUUUGGUAUUACUUUUUGGGACUGCCAAUUUUGGUUAUUCUUUUUGGGACUACUAGAAUAUUGAACUUUUAAAGGAACUGCCAAUUUUGGUAGUGCAUUUUGGGACUGCCAAUUUUGGUAGUGCAUUUUGGGACUGCCAAUUUUGGUAGUGCAUUUUGGGACUGCCAAUUUUUGUAGUGCAUUUUGGGACUGCCAAUUUUGGUAGAGCAUUUUGGGACUGCCGAUUUUGGUAGUGCAUUUUGGGACUGCCAAUUUUGGUAGUGCAUUUUGGGACUGCCAAUUUCAGUUAUGAUUUUUGGGAGUGCCAAUUUCGGUAAUGCCUUCUGGAAAUCUUCAACUUUUCCAAGAACUAGCAAUUUUUAUUAUGCUUUCGGGACUGCCAAAACUUCGUGAUUUUGUGUUUUUCAAAAUUUUCAGAAACUCAUUAGGGAACAUUUUUACCCCCCCAAAUUUGAGCUUUUGAUGAAACUUUGAUGAAGUGUACUUUGGGACCUCCCUAUUGAAACAGAAGAAAAAAAUUUUUCUAGUUUUUCGAGUUAUGAAGCUUCAAAGUCUGCAAAAUGAGCAAAUUAUGAAAAAGCGCUAUUUUGAGCUUUAACUCGAAAACCAGAUCUAUUUCGAGGAAUUGUAAAAAACGUUCCUUAGUCAGUUGACCUUUUUGUCACUUUGAGCAAACCAGAUACUUUUUACAAAUUUGAAGCGAGUCGGAAAAAUAUAUGAAUAGCUGAGCCCAUUGUUUUUUCACUCCUUCCGUGACAAACUUCUCAAAAAAUUGACUGGUCAGGCUGUUUUUCAGCCACCCAAACCGCUGCCUUUGUCAUUAAAUGAACAAACGCGGCAUUGUUCAUGAAUGUAGCAGGUGCGCGGGCCGACUACAAUACUCUCUACUCGCCAGUCUCGAACUCUGAGUACCGCCACCGGCUCGUCGUCGGCCGCUCUCUGCCCAGACGCGCACUCUCUCCUCCUAUCCACGCCUACCCUCCCACCUCUUUUCUACGUGACGACCCAAUCGAUAAAUCUUGCGUUUCUUUCUAA